GGGCAUGACAACCACAGCGCCUCCACUGCCAGCAGUCGGCACUGUUUAUCCAGUCCGCUUUGUAGCGCUCACGGGCACGCUGACUUCUUUUUCUUCUUUUUAGCCAAGUUUGAUCAAGUAAGUAGUGAUUCUAUAAAAAAAUGAACCCGAAGAAGCGACACGUCCUGCUGCUGUGGAUGCUUGUCUGCUCCGGUAUGACCGAGGCGAUCGAGCCCAUCAGCACCAGCAUCGCGGUAGGCAUGGCCGCGGCUCUCACCGGGUUCUUAGCCAGCUACCAGAACAUUUUCUAUUAUUUCAACGAGUGCUGUCGACCCGAGUGGAUUUAUUUCAACAAGACAGGUCUGGAGGUUGACUUGGAAAGCAAAGUGUUCGGACAGCACAUUGGGUCGCGCAUCAUCCUUAAAGCUUUGACUGGAUUCUUGAGUAACGACAACCCGAAGAAGCCCCUGGUGCUCUCUCUGCAUGGACACACCGGCACAGGGAAGAACUUUGUUAGCAAGCUGAUCGCUGACAACGUUUACAAAGAGGGCAUGGACAGCAGCUUCGUUCAUGUUUUCACAUCUGAACUUCACUUCCCACAUUCAAGUAAAUUGGAGACCUACAAGUCUCAGCUACAGCAGUGGAUCAAAGGCAACGUCAGCAACUGUGAACGCUCCAUGUUUAUCUUUGAUGAGAUGGACAAGAUGCAUCCUGGCUUGAUUGACAGCAUAAAGCCGUACUUGGACUACUACGACAAGCUGGAUGGAAUUUCUUAUCGGAAAGCCAUCUUCAUCUUCCUCAGUAAUGCUGGAGGGGAGGGCAUCACACAGACCGCUCUAGAUUUCUGGAAAGCCGCACGGGAUCGAGAAGAGAUCGAGCUUAAAGACCUAGAAACGUUGCUCUCUCUUUCAGUUUUCAACAACAAGAAUAGUGGCUUGUGGCAUACAAGUUUGAUUGACAAGAACCUGGUGGACUUUUUCGUCCCGUUCCUGCCUCUGGAGUACCGGCACGUCGUCCAGUGUGCCAUGGCCGCGAUGAAAGCCAAAGGACUUGAGCCGGAUAAGAACGUGGCAGAGCAGGUGGCCAGAGAUGUAAACUAUUUCCCCAAAUCUGAGAGAGUGUUCUCCGUCAAAGGCUGCAAGACGAUCGAGAACAAGUUGCACUACUACACAUAACGUCAGCAUCUGACGGACACUCGGAUGCCGACGUUAUCGUCCACUAUGUGCACUUUUUUUAAAAAGAGAAACACUCUCGGCCAAAUAACUAAAGAGAGGAUGUCAAGCUGACUGAACUCUGAGGACGGAGGUUACUCUGUCUGACUUUGUGGCCACAUGGAGGACUUGAGCAGGCCUUCUCAAAUGUUGCAUAUUGCUUACACUGAAUGCGGAGGCUGAUGAACGAGAACGGCGCCAGUUGAAUGAAAAAGUAAUAAGACUGAAAUGCUAUCCUGUGUAAGUGAUCGAGGGGCUUGAUCUCCGCUUUAUGUCACACCCCGGUGAGAGUCUCAAAGGCGGUUUAGUUUUCCUGAGAGCUUCCUAAUGAGUUAACAGGCUGUCCUGUCUGUGAAACGAUGGCAUUCACUGUUUUUUUAUGUGUACUCCAUCAUUUGGAUUACUGGAAACACCAGCCUUAAUUUCUUUUUAAUUGUAAAUUUUUAUUUUUUUUAGAUCUACACACGUCCACUGUACAUACGAGUUCAUCAACAGUUAAAUUUGGCCUUAAAUACAUAAUGCAGAUAACUCUGUUUAUGUCAUUUUGAAAUCAACAUUAGCAAGAUAUGUUUUCUACACAGUUCAGCCCCACACUUUUGAUAUCCAGUUUGGUUAAUAUGAAACAUGAUUAAUGAGUAAUAUACACUGUUAUUGAUAUGGAUGUGUCCAUAGUGAAUUAUUUGUAGAUGUAAUUUAGCCUUUUAUUCACAUUUUGACUGGACUCUGCAGGGUAUUUCUACACUGUGUAUGAACUCAGGAUAGUUCCAACUAUCGCAAACCCCGAUUUUACCAAAACUUCGAUUUUUGUUAUUUCUUAAAAAUCCAGACCGUUCAGGACACAAAUCUCUAACAUUGUAUAUAUCUGAUUUGUUGAUUCCCCAAUUACUUGGAUUUAAAAUUCAGCUAAAAGGCUUCUUUCAAAACACAAUACUGUGUACUAUAUUUAGUCUCUAAAGAGAUGUUGUGGAAAACAAUGUUGUCCAAGGAAAUGUACUGAUGGUUUCUCAAAAUGUGACCGUUUGCUGUCAGGUUUAACAAUAACAACAAAAAGAAGUUAUGAAAUGUUUUUUAUACAAUUGCUCACUGUGAAAGAGCAUUGAUUGUGUGAAUGGAAAGCCAACACUAGCAAGCUUCUCUGCUGUAAACACACCAGACAAACGAAUCAUAAAUUAAAAUAUGGCAUUUUCUUAGUG